GCAGUCAUGUCGAGAGUGGAAUUCGGCACGGCCUAUUGAGAAGUCCCUACGGCUUUUCCGACGUAUAUGCGUGUUACAGAUUUCCGGCGCUGUAGAGCGGCACUUUAUAACGGUCUGACGUCGAGGACUCUCGACGAGGCAAGCCCUCCACUCGUGAAAGACGGAUGCAGAGAAUCUCGCAUCAUGACGUACGUUAGUAUGAAGGAAAGCAAGCACGAUUCGCGGCUCGGAGGGAGCGAGGCAGUGGGAGCGACUUGGCAAAUAACUGGCGGCGCGACGAGGCGAUGGGGGGGAGGGCGCAGGGCGGGCCCCGUGCCGCUGUACUCUUGCGGGUUACGCGACACGUGGCAGCGCGAGAGUGGUCGGCGCGCGCCGGUUUCGUUUGCCCGCGCCGCAGCCGGCUCGCAUCCCCUUGUCUCCCGUCUCGCGCUCACCUCAGUGCUCGCCUCGCACCACGGCUGUGUGAACACCGUCGCCUUCACCCCCUCGGGCCAGCGCCUGCUGUCGGGCUCGGACGACCAGCGCAUCGUGCUGUGGGACUGGGCCAAGGGCGCGGAGGUGCUCAAGUGGCGGUCGGGCCAUGGCAACAACGUGUUCCAGGCGCGCGCGCUGCCGUGCAGCAACGAGCGAACGGUGGUCACUUGCGCCGCGGAUGGGCAGGUGCGCGUGAGUCUGCUGUCGGAGAGUGCAUCAGUCACCACGCGGCGCUUGGCGCGGCACCGGGGCCGGGCGCACAAGCUGGCGGUGCUGGCAGACUCGCCCUUCUGCUUCCUCAGCUGUGGGGAAGAUGGGUUGGUGCUGCAUUUUGACCUGCGAGCGCGUCACCCGAGCACGCGCGUCCUCACCGUGCACUGCGCGCACCGCAUGCGCGCGGCUCAGCCGCUGGGGCUCAACGCUGUUGCUGCCAACCCCGCCCGCCCGCACCUCUUUGCUCUUGGGGGGGCGGAUGAGUUCGCCCGAGUCUACGACUUGAGACGGUGCAUGGCCCGAGCGCCCUCUCCUGCCCCUGACUCCCGCGCCUUUCCCGUGGAGACGUUUGCCCCGCCGCACCUUGUCAAGACCAAUCGCGAUCGCCUGCGCCCACCUGUACACAUCACCUGUGUCGCGUAUUCCCCCCACGACGAGCUACUAGCCUCGUACAACGACGAGCUGAUCUACCUAUAUCACCCGCACCACUCCCUAGGCCCCGACCCCCUCUCCCUGCCCGCUGCUAGGCGCAGCAGGGGCUUCCAGGUUUUGAGUAGCGCUAGCAGCGGUGGCACCGGCGGGAGCAAGAGCAAGGGCAGUGGCAGGAGGCGCGUAAUGGGUAGCAGUGAGGGCGAUUGGGGUGUUUGGGACAGGAGCAGCAGAGGGGAAAGCAGCAGCAGCGGGGAUGGGAGGUUGGACGGUGGUGGGGUAGGUGGCGGUGGUGGUGGUAAUGGUGAUGGUGGUGGUGCUGCUGCUGCUCCUGCUGCUCCUGGCGAUGGUUCAACUGCCAUUACUCAUCGUCGCCUUACGUGGCUGCAACGCACCUUUCACUCUCCUUCAGCGGGUGGUUCCGCCACUGCUGCCGCUACUCCAUCUGGUGCUGCCGGUGCUGCUGCUAAUGCUAGUGCUUCUGGUAAUGCUGCUGCUGUUGGUGAGACUGCCGGCAGGGACGGAAGGGGGGAGGGGGGAGGGCGGUGCAGCAAAGAACAGGAGGAUGGAGGAGCGAGAGAUAUGGAGGAUGAGAGGAGAAGAGAAGAGGGAGAAACUGCAGUAGAGGUUCCAGAAAGGUCUAGUAGAGGUAGGUCUGGUGAAGGCAGGUCCGGUGAAGGCAGGUCCGGUGAAGGCACGUCCGGUGAAGAGAGAUACAGAAUGGAAGUAGAUGCAAUAGGAUAUGUGUCAGGAAUGAUGCGGGGAAGCAGAGAUGGUGCUAGGGGGGUUGAUGAAAGAGGGAGUGAGAGGGGUGGUAGAGGGGAUGACAGGGGAGAAGGGGAGGAGCAGAUGGAGGAGGUGGGUAGGGAGGGGCAGGAAGCAGAGCAGGGGGGGGAGCAGGAAGAGGAGGAGGAGGAUGAGGAAGGAGUGAUAGCGUACGGGGACAGGAUAGAGGUGUAUUCGGGGCACCGCAAUGAGAAGACGGUGAAGGGAGUGGCCUUCUUUGGGCUGCGCUGCGAGUACGUGGUCAGCGGGUCCGACUGCGGCCAUGUGUUUGUGUGGAGGAAGGUCGGCGGGAGACUCGUGGCCAUGAUGCCGGGGGACGCACAUGUGGUCAACUGCCUAGAGCCCCACCCAUCAGCCACCAUUCUGGCCACCAGUGGCAUCGAAUCAACGGUCAAGAUCUGGGCUCCCACGGCCCAGGCCCCCAAGGGCCUGCCGUCCAACGCGCAGCGGAUAAUGGAGUCGAACAAGCGGCGACGCGAGCAGCCCUUUGGCGUGCCGCGGAUGGCGGCAGAUGUGGAGGUCCCAAGGCUGCGCCUGCAGCGGCAGCACGGGCAGCUCAUGGGGCAGGACCGAGUGGCGACGUUUGGAAGCUUGCUGUCGCUUGCUGCUGCUGUGGGAAGGAGAAGAGAGGGGAGGGGGAGGGAGAGGGAGCGAGUUGGGGGGGGGAGGAGGGUUGUUGGUAACGGUGGUGGUGGUGGCGGUGGUGAUGGGAAUGAUGGCGGUAUUGGCAAUGGUGCGAGGAAUGGUGGUGGUAGUGACACAGAGCCUUCAGCUGCUGAGGAUGGUGGGGCAGAAGGGAGCUUGAGAGAGGCACUCAUUGCAGGACUUGGUGAACGGGCAGGCAUUCGCGACUUGUUUCCGUUUGAGGAGGAUUAUAGCGAGGAUGAGAGUGAGGAGUUAGAGGAGGGAGAGGUGAGGGAGGGGGAGGACGAUGAGGACGAGGAUGAUCGAGGCGGAGGGCAUAGGUGGUCUAGGGCAGGACGGCCGGAGUGUAGAGUGAGUUAGCUGUAGGAUGCAUGUGUGUACAGGGUUGACGGACUUUGGUGAGGGCAAAACAUCCUUUGUUGUCUACCCAUUUUUUUUGUUUUGAAGACGAUGCAAAUACAA